AUGGCCUGUGUGUGCGCGCUGCAUGUUUGGGAUUGUUGUGAUGGGAGGCCGCGGCCAUCUUGGAUGAGAGUCGCUCGGCACCGAGCAGCGGGACGGGACGUUAACGGCAGAGCGGCUCAGCUAGCUAACGUUAGCCCCUCGGAAGCACGACCCUGGUCGCUGAGCGGUACGACUAUGCUUGUGCACACGCUGUUUUCUUCCCUCAGCUGCCGCUCCGACUGCGUGAAAAUGGGCACAAAUUGCGUUCGGCUUUUCGCGGUGUAGUUUCGGAAAGGGCGGCGGCGGUGCAGAUCCUCGGAAUAUAUCUUACAUUUCUGGAUAGAGGAGUUACUAUGAAUGGAGGAUAAAUGUUGCCGAAAGCUGACAGCAGCAGUUUCGUCCUCUUCUCUCUUCUCUUCGUCCUCACCUUAACGGACCCACCACGGGCAGGUCCACGGGUAGCUCUGGCAAGAUUAUUGUCAGAGCAGCGCUGCAGCCCCGGGCAGUUUGCCUGCCGCAGUGGGAAGAUGCAGUGUAUCCCGAUGUCCUGGCAGUGUGACGGCUGGACAGCGUGUGAGGACAAGAGUGACGAGAUGGACUGUCCCCAGGAGAGGUUUCGUUAUGGCAGCGGGUACGACCAGGUGGAAGACGUCAUCGGUGUGGCUCAGCCGGUGCGCUUCAACAAGAAAUGUCCCAGCGGGUGGCAUCACUACGAGAAAACAGCGAGCUGCUACAAAGUGUACCUGAAGAACGAGAACUACUGGCAGGCCGUGGAUACGUGUCAGAAAGUCAACGGCUCGUUGGCCACGUUUGUGACCAACGAGGAGCUGCAGUUCAUACUGAAGAUCGAGGUGGACUUUGACGAUAAAGUGUGCAGAGAUCAGUGCAAAUUUUGGGUGGGUUACCAGUAUGUGAUCACCAAUCAGAGCCACUCCUUGGAUGGCCGCUGGGAAGUAGCAUACAAAGGCUCUAUGCAGGUGUUUUUGCCUCCUGAGGGUCUGAAAGACUUGGGGGAGGCCUCCGCCACCCAAGACAAUGUCUUCUGUGCGCAGCUGCAGCGCUUUCAGUACAAAAGCAUGAACGAGCGAGGCCUGCACAGCUGGCACGCUGAGAACUGCUACAAGAAGUUUCCGUUUCUGUGCAAGAGGAGUACGGGGCAAACGUGCGUGGAUAUAAAAGACAAUGUCGUAAACGAGGGCUACUACUUCACCCCCAAAGGAGACGACCCGUGUCUCAGCUGCACGUGUCAUGACGGCGAGCCUGAGAUGUGCGUCGCCGCGCUGUGUGAGCGGCCACAAGGCUGCCAGCACUUCCGCAAGGAUCCCAAAGAGUGCUGCAAGUUCACCUGCCUCGAUCCAGAUGGGAAUAGUCUGUUUGACUCGAUGGCCAGCGGGAUGAGGCUGAUCGUCAGCUGCAUCUCGUCCUUCCUUAUCCUCUCUCUGCUGCUCUUCAUGGUACACAGACUCCGUCAGAGAAGACGUGAACGCAUCGAAACGCUGAUUGGAGGAAACUUGCACCACUUUAACCUUGGAAGACGAGUCCCAGGCUUUGACUACGGCCCGGACGCCUUCGGCACUGGUCUCACUCCCCUGCAUCUGUCCGAUGAUGGGGAGGGAGGCGCUUUUCAUUUCCAAGAGCCUCCUCCGCCUUAUGCAGCCUACAAAUACCCCGACAUCCAGCAUCCCGACGACCCCCCUCCUCCAUACGAAGCCUCCAUAAACCCAGACAGCCUCCUCUACGUGGACCUCGGGCAUGGUGGGGUUUCCAUCGUGCCGAGCCAGAUGAACGCCAUGGGUGACGGGCUCCAGGCCAAUAUUCCCAACGCGACAGGCCCGGUGCCAGACUCCGCGCCGUCCUGUCAGGAGAGGGAGGACUCCAUAGACAGCAGCACCCUCCUGGUGGGGCCCGACACACCGACAGAUGGCCACGCCCCCGUCUCCAUGCCUGCAGACUGCGCCUCCUCCCUCAGCACCGUGGUAUAAGACUGUGGGCAGACACCUGCACGUUACCCACAGUUGGAGCAGGGUCGUAGAUGUUUUCCGUACCAGGAGCACAAAAUGCUGACUGCAGAGAGGACAGUUACAGUUUGUACAGACUCAUCAGAGUGUUUUUGUUUUGUUUUGUUUGUUUUUUUUAAAGACGAUGACAUCUGAAGGAGCAAAGAGACAAAAACUCUACAUCCAGGCUGAGAAGGCCACACUUCUGCUUUUAGCCCAGACUGAGAAAAGCUUUUCAAACAUCUCAAAACGGGCCUGUUGGUCAUAAAAAAAAAAGGCCCUAGUGCAAAUACACCCUUUGGUCAGAUUUGUAACAGCACGAGGAAAAAUAACCGCAUACGGACAGAAGAGCCAACUUUUGUUUGUGUUUGCGGCAUACUUUCAAACACAUACGUAUCAAUCAGUGUUCAGGCUACGAUAACUUUCUCAUCCACCCCACAGUCUGUUGCAGCGCGUACAGAAACUGUCCCCUGGUGUUUAUUAGUCUGACACACGAAGCCGUCUUCCAGGUUUUUAGAGCAAGUUUGCAGAAAAACAUGUUUUGUAGUUGAGAGGUUCAACCUCGCGAGAUACGGCUAAAUUUCCUGCUGUGGGGUUUUUAUCGGGCGAAGCUGACAUGUGGCGUCGUAGUGUCAAAGGAUGUUGUGCUCUUUUUUUUCUUUUUCUUUUUUUUUGAUAAUAAUUUAUGGCUGCAGGUCGUUACCUUGAUUGUUUAAUUGUGGGAUAGAUAUAGGCUGAUUUUCUUUCCCUGUCCAUCAACAAAGCGACAAAAGGCUUUAUGAGCGUAUAUGUGAAGAUCAAGUUUGAAAAACCCAAAAAAAAAAAA